CCAUACAAAGUGUCUGCCAAUAGCAGAGCUCCCUGGCAUUCUGCCUGUCACACUGACUGCAUCACUUCAAACAUGGCGGCGGCCUCUGCAAGGACACUGACAGCAUGGGUUUGCCGUGCGGGUUCGACGGUUGGACACGCCACACGAGUUGCCAGGUCUCCACUCGUCCAGAGUGUGGCAGCCUUGGCUCCUGUUAACUGCGCCAGACAAAAGCUUCACUUCAGCACUAGCUCUUCAAGGUUUCUUCCUGCUGUUACCCAGCAUGCCCCACAAUUUAAAGGCACCGCUGUUGUCAAUGGGGAGUUCAAAGAGCUCAGUCUGGAUGACUUUAAGGGGAAAUAUCUUGUCCUGUUUUUCUACCCUCUUGAUUUCACAUUUGUUUGCCCCACGGAGAUUAUUGCUUUUAGUGAUAAGGCAAAUGAAUUCCACGAUGUAAACUGCGAGGUUGUGGCUGUGUCGGUGGACUCUCACUUCUGUCACCUUGCCUGGAUUAACACUCCUAGAAAGAAUGGAGGAUUGGGUCACUUGAAUAUUCCGGUUCUCUCAGAUUUAACUAAGCAGAUAUCCCGUGAUUAUGGCAUUUUGCUUGAGACUCCCGGCAUUGCUCUGAGGGGGCUUUUUAUUAUUGAUCCUAAUGGAAUAGUGAAACAUUUAAGUAUUAAUGAUCUCCCUGUUGGCCGAAGUGUGGAGGAGACGCUGCGCCUCGUUAAGGCCUUCCAGUACGUCGAAACACAUGGGGAAGUCUGCCCAGCCAACUGGACUCCCCACUCUCCCACGAUUAAACCCAAUCCGGAGGGCUCUAAGGAAUACUUUGAGAAAGUAAACUAAGCGAUGCGCUGUGUGAUCAUAUCAAGAAUAAUGAAGAGCACUUAAUUUACAAUGAACUGCUAGAGUGUGCGUGCAUUCAGUCACAAUACCAACUGUGUGAUGCAUCUCGACUUUAGGUAACAAUUCUAUAUAGAGUGACCAACCAUGAUGAAUAAAGAC